AUGGGGCCAGAGGCAUCUGCCCCCAUAUGCCAAGGAUUAGUCGUUGACGAUUCCAAUCGCUCUACUGAAACCGGUCAAGUAGAAGGAGAUAGUACUUGGGAGCUUCCGCUCAGAGAAGAAACAGUGUCGGGGAAAGGACACAGCCUUGUGGACACAGCCGUGUGGACACGGCUGUUCACGGGUCUAAGGUCAGAACACGCUUUAUCAGUAACGACCUUGGUGCUCCUAUCAGUGUAA